CCUGAAUUUCCAGCACUCUGUCAUCUACCUAUCAUCAUCACUGAUCUCUCUUUCUCUCUCCUCCCUUCUUCCUUCAACAACGACAUCCAUCAUCUUAGAGAGAGAAACUCACACUUAGAGAGAGAAACUCACACUUAGAGAGAGAAAGCUCGACUUUUUCAACAAUGGCGACGAGAUACUGGAUGGUGUCUCUUCCCGUACAAACAUCUGCCUCUACUUUAUGGUCUCAAUUGCAGGAUUCCAUCUCCAAACAAUCCUUCGACACUCCUCUUUAUCGAUUUAAUGUGCCUAAUCUUCGUGUUGGUACCCUAGAUUCGCUGUUAUCACUUGCUGAUGAUCUUCUGAAGGCGAAUGCAUUUGUGGAAGGUGUGACGCAUAAGAUCAGGCGUCAGAUCGAAGAAUUGGAGAGAUCUUCGGGUGUUGAAGGUGGUGGUUUGACAGUUGAUGGUGUUCCAAUUGAUUCUUAUCUUACUAGAUUUGUGUGGGACGAAGCCAAGUAUCCGACUAUGUCGCCUUUGAAAGAGGUUGUUGAUGGCAUUCAUAGGUUUGUGGCUAAGGUUGAAGAUGACCUUAAGGUCCGUGUUGCUGAGUAUAGCAAUGUGCGCAGCCAACUUAAUGCAAUUCACCGGAAACAAAGUGGAAGCUUAGCGGUGAGAGAUCUUUCCAGCUUAGUAAAGCCGGAGGAUAUUGUUGUAUCAGAGCAUAUGGUUACUCUUCUGGCAGUUGUUUCCAAGUUUUCACAAAAGGACUGGUUAGCAAGCUACGAGACAUUGACAGAAUAUGUGGUCCCCAGGUCAUCCAAAAAGCUGUAUGAGGACAAUGAAUAUGCUCUGUAUACUGUUACUUUGUUUAACCGUGUUGCUGAUAACUUCAGAAUAAAAGCUCGCGAAAGAGGUUUUCAGAUUCGAGAUUUUGAGCAUGACCAAGAAACACAAGAUUCACGGAAGCAAGAGUUGGAAAAAUUGACACGUGACCAGGAAACAAUGAGAAGUGCACUUUUGCAAUGGUGCUACUCCAGUUAUGGGGAGGUGUUCAGCUCAUGGAUGCACUUCUGUGCUGUACGUGUUUUUUCUGAGAGCAUAUUGAGAUAUGGCUUGCCACCAAACUUCUUGGCCUGUGUUUUGGCUCCAUCCACAAAAAGUGAGAAGAAAGUACGCUCAAUUCUUGAAAAACAUUGUAGUGCUGGAAACAGUGUUCACUGGAAAGCUGAGGAAGAAGUUGGAGCAAUGGUCGGGCUGGCAGGUGAAGCAGAUUCACAUCCAUAUGUAUCAUUCACAAUCAAUCUUAUUUAGUUUGAUAAUGAUCAGCCUGGUCUUCUUGAAGCGGGUUGAGAUCAAAUUUCGGUGUAGAGUACUUGUAGACAACUGGUUGUGCAUUCCAUGACUUGGUCUUGCUGUUUUGGGAUUUGUGCCUCGGUAUCCAUGGAGCACUCCAAAAUUUUAAUUCAUUGUAUUGGAGCCAAACUGUGGAGAGUACAUGUUUUGUUGCUAUUUAUAUUGUUCAAAAGUUUAUAAUAAUCCUGCAGUUGCUGCAGCAGUAUUCUUUGCAAGAAAUGGUUCUUUGAGAGCUCCCUAUUCCUUUGCUUGUGGUUUGUAUGUAACAAGCGGAGUGGAGAUGUAUUUCCGAAUUUAUCAUAAAUUUAUUGUUGCUAUUUAAUAAAACACAUGUAUCUUUUAUAUACUACCUGUAAUUAUUAAUCGAGUGACUUGACACUUC